CCCUUUACCUCUCCAAACAUUCUUCCCCCUCACUUCCCAGCCAUGGCGACUACUUUACCCAUGUCUUUUGAUCACUUUGCGGCCUGCCCGUUCCCGGUUUUCGAACCCGAUUUAUCCCAUUGGGAAUGGGAAGAACCGCCGGCUCCGGCCUUCGUUUUCCCAACCCAACACUACGAUGCUUCCUCGCUGGUGCCGCCAAAACAACACCACAUGUCGGAUUCCGACUCCAGUUCCGACAACCUUAAGACAAACCACGCCGCCGUUUCAAGUUCGGGUUCCGACGAGCGCAACCGGAACGAAAACUCCAAUAGUCACUCGUCGGAGGAUGAGCGGAAGCGGCGGCGCAAACUCUCGAACCGGGACUCCGCGAGGCGGUCCCGGCUGCGGAAGCAGAGGCAGCUGGAAGAGCUGAGCUGCGAACUGAACAGACUUCGAGCGGAGAACCUGGAGCUCACGAGCCAGCUCCGGUCGGCGAUGCAGCGGUGCGUGGUGGCGCAAAGGAACACCGAGAUGAUCCGGGCCGAAUCGUCGGCUCUGCGGCGAAUACUUUGGGAUAUUCGGCAGGCGUUUCUUCUCCGGCAGCUUCAGAGUCAACAAGAACAGUUGACUUCAGUUCCUCCUCUACAUGCAUAAUAAAUCGCUGACAAAAAUUUGCAGCAUCAAACAACAUCAGAAACCCUAGCUAGCUAAUUAUUCCGUGCCUCAGAAUUAAUUAUUGGAAGUACUACAAUCCGUGAGAGCAUGUAUA